AUGGGGCUUUGCUUGUCCCGAAAGGAGGGGCCACUGUACCAAGAAUAUAAGGCAUGUCUCCCGCCCAUGCAGGGCAAGGUGGUUGCUAUCACAGGUUGUACAUCCGGCACUGGCCUCGUCCUUGCACGGACCCUUGCACAAGCAGGAGCUGAGGUCAUCAUGCUGAAUAGGUCUUCGAAAAGAGCUGACGAUGCUUUGAAGGACGUCCAAGCUUUGACGUCGCAGGUGACUUUCAUUGAGUGUGACCUCAUGAGUUUUGCCAGCGUAAGGAAGGCAGCAACUGAGCUGAACCAGAGAUUGGCAUCCAAAGGCCUCGAUGUUCUUUGCAACAACGCAGGAGUUUCAACCCAACCGGAUCAAGCCACGGUAGAUGGCUAUGAUCCCCAAAUGCAAACUAACCAUCUGUCACACUUCCUUUUGACGCAGAAAGUCUGGCCUCUACUUUUGAAAGCGGCUGAUCUUCGAGGGGAAUCCCGAGUGGUGAACCACAGCAGUGGCUACCGCCACGCACAUAAGCAGCCCUUCCAUAUAAAGUACUAUGGAAAGAACGGCGGUCAGCUCGGAGGCGACGAUGAAAGCUUCAUGGAGACGAUCACAGUUCACCCGCCCGGACUUGAACGUUACUGCCACUCAAAGCUUGCCAACCUUAUCUUCACCUAUGCACUCGACGACCGGAUUCGCCAGAAGGGUCUUAAGGUAAAGGCCCUUUGUGCCAAUCCGGGCUUCACUGCCACUCGCCUCAUCGCGAAUUCCGAACGUUUGAGCUCCUGGUCGGAUUUCAUGGCCCGGCUCGCGCAGUCCGAGGAGGACGGCACUUUGGGCAUCUUGCGAUGCUCCUGCGAUCCGAGCGCCCAGUCCGGUGACUUCUUCAGCCCCCCUGGCGGUGCUUUGGCGACUCCUGCGGGUCGAGAGCUUGGAGGUAUGGCAGAACAAGAGAUGCAGGAACGCCAUGGGUUGCUGGCUUCGGAGCCCCGGCAAAGCGAGCCCGUUUUGGGAGGUGCUUUGGUUUCCUGGAACACAUUCUGGGUGGUCGUGUUCCCCUUGCUCGUCGCCGGCGUGGUCGUCCCGUGGCUUCUUGGCCAUCGGAUCAUUUCGGAAGUCGUCGUCGGCCUCAUUGUCCUCUACUUGAUGAUAGAGGGCAUCAUCCUCGUGUGCUUCCCCCGGGCCUUCCAACUCUGGGCGCUCCAGCGGCCCUGGAACUUCCUCGUUCGCCUCCUCCUGCCCCCCAUUGAGAUCUUGGAUUCCAUCGGGGCAGGCGGCACCGACCUGUCGAUGUUCACCUAUCGCCAGUGGGGAGAGAAUCUCUGUGCCAGUGGACAAGUCUGGCUGGGGAGUCAUGCCGUGGUUUCCAAGGCCUUGACAAGUCCCCAGGCCCGGAACAAUUGGCUGGGCGAACACCCGCUUUACCGGGGUGCCUUGCCGGAAGGUGACACGGGCCGCUGUGUUUUCCUCUUGAGCCUCUCCGGCAAGGCUGCCGGCGGCACGGGCGACCACGAGGCCUUCCGCAAGUGCAUGAUCGACACCUUGUUCAACGACGCCUCCAUGAGAAGGGAGACGGAUGAGCUUUCACAGUCCUACCUCGAGCAGGCUGCGGAGGAUUUCGUGAAGAUGACUGCCUACAACUUCUAUCAUGCAUCCGACGGCGGCAACACCACUUUCUGGAUCAAGUAUUUGCACCACGUGAUCUUUGGCAUGGACGUCCGAAAUCCACAGGAAGUCACAUCACUCUACUCCUUCCUCUUUGGCAGCAUGGCCCUGACGCACUACCUCGAACCCUUCGGUCGCCUACCUUGCAUCUCACAGCAUAAAACCAUCGACGAGGUGGCCGACCUCUACGAGAAGUCGCCGGCAUUUGCCAACUUCAAGGUCAAGCCAGAGUACAACAACAUGACUGCCAGAGAGCUUGCUGUUCUCAUGACCGCGAUCAUGCGCAUCGCGGGCAUCCAGGGCUCCCGCAUGUUGAUGUGGCUCUGCACGUCCGGAGAUAAGCAUGGCAAUCUCCAGACCGACAUCCGCCCGAUAUGGGACUCACUCAACUUGGACGAUGAUGAUGAACUCGAGAGAUUCGUCCUCGAAGUCUCCAGACUCUCCCCUCCCGUGACAAUCUCCCACCGGAUUGCCCAAGAGGACUUCUCCUGCGAGAUCAAGGGCAAAAGCUACAACUUCCCCAAGGGAACCAACGUGGCCAUCCCGAUCGUGUAUGCCAACAUUGACGAGGCAGCUUGGGGCCCAGAUGUCUGGGAGUUCAACCACAACCGGCCCGGCCUCAAAGAGAAGCAGGUGAGCUUCAACUCCGUGAACGGUGUGGGCGAUCGUGAAUGUCCUGGCAAAGGCUUGGUGCUGAGGAGCAUGAUUCGCCUGCUCAGGGUCAUUGGCAAGAAGAGGAGGCAGCAAAGCGCGGCUCAGAAUGUCUGA